GGAAACCCCGCCCACAUCUCCAGUUUCACCCAAUGAAAAAGCUGCAUCGGCGUUUCCAUGACAACACGGCGCUACAACACGAGCAUUGUUCCUGCUUCACUCAGGUCUUGUCUUGCUUAUCAAAGCCAAAUCGCGUGUGAUCAUGUCUGACGUGGCAAAGGAAAAGGCCAUUCGGCUGCUGAAGAAGCGAGAGAGCAUGUCAUCUCUGGGCAGUCAGGACGUGAGAGCCAGGAGGGAGGAGUACACUUUCAAGACCAAGGGCUCUAUCAGUAGUGUGUCCUAUAUGGACGAGGCUGGUCACCAUGACGAAAACCCUCGUCACGCAGUGCAAAUGGAGAACACGUACCAGCUCGGUCCUUCAAAGCGGUUUCCAGACCACGCAGUGAGGGAGAUCCUGAAGGACGUUCUGAGCAGCUACCUGCAGGAGGAAAAGUAUGAACCUGAGCUGUGCAGACAGAUGACCAAAACCAUAUCAGAGGUGGUGAAGGCACGAGUGAAAGACCUGAUGAUCCCCCGCUACAAGAUCAUCGUGAUGAUCAGCAUCGGCCAGCUGGCGGAGCAGAAUGUGCGCAUGGCGAGCCGCUGCGUCUGGGAUGCCGCCACCGACACCUUUUCAUCCUACGCUUUCAAGAACAGCUCACUUUUCGCUGUCGCCAAUGUCUACGCCGUGUACUUUGAAUGACGCUGGUUGGGGAUACGGUUAAGUGUAGGACAGCCACGUCGGGGCAGAACUGGGGAUCUGGCUUGAUGGAGCUCUUCAGGAUAAAAAGCUACUAAAAUUACGUUGGGGACAAAAGUCAGAAGUCGGUUGUGGAAGAAUGGAAAGUUUUACUGGAAUCUAAUCAUGUGAUGAGAUACGAUGGAUGGAUGGAUAGAUAGAUAGAUAGAUAGAUGAAGCCUCUUUUUUAAAUUCUUUUUUCUUUUUCUGUAGAUUUGUUACUAUAUUUACAAUUUUUACAUAAGUACACCGCAGUAACUGAUGAAUGGCUGGAUGGAUAGACUGAUGGAUAGAUACACGGAGGAAUUGGUGAGUGGAUAAAUAAACGGAUGGCUGCAUGCUUAUGCAGAUAUAUGGAUAUAUGGAUGGAUGGAUGGAUAUUUUUCAUACAUGGAAGUAUAUAUAAAAAGGUGAAUAGAUCAAUAUAUGGAUAGAUUAGUGACAAGUAGGUGGAUAGAUUGGGCUGAUG